CAGUUUAACGGUCAGUCUUCACUCUCCAGUGUCACAUUUAAGGGAAAGCUGUCAUGCCCGAACCAGCCAAAUCUGCGCCGGCCCCAAAGAAGGGCUCCAAGAAGGCGGUGACCAAAGCACAGAAGAAGGAUGGCAAGAAGCGCAAGCGCAGCCGUAAAGAGAGCUACUCCGUCUACGUGUACAAGGUGCUGAAGCAGGUCCACCCCGACACCGGCAUCUCGUCCAAGGCCAUGGGCAUCAUGAACUCGUUCGUCAACGACAUCUUUGAGCGCAUCGCAGGCGAGGCGUCUCGCCUGGCGCAUUACAACAAGCGCUCGACCAUCACGUCCAGGGAGAUCCAGACGGCCGUGCGUCUGCUGCUGCCCGGGGAGCUGGCCAAGCACGCCGUGUCCGAGGGCACCAAGGCCGUCACCAAGUACACAAGUUCAAAGUAAAUGUUUAUGUAGGUACUGUCAAACCCAAAGGCUCUUUUCAGAGCCACACAGAUUCAAAGAAGAGCCAUGACACCAAAUGGAAAAUUCACGUUUUUCUGUACCCACCUUCUUCCCUACAUAACCCUCACUGCGUUCAGUUAACGUCUUCCAAUAGUUGAACGAUGUAAAAGUAAAGUGGGAAUCAAAGGAGUAUUAAACAGUGCUUCAAUUUAUAGAAAAGCGUGAUUAAUCUUAAGCAGAGUUUUUCCCCAGGGUUUUGGAAGUAGGAAACUUGAGUUUUUAGGAUAUAUAUUGAGUAUUCUUUAUAUUUAGGCUCUUAGAAAGCAUAAUUGAAUAUUAGCACAAAAGGUAUGUUUUCAUAAGUUAACUGUCUAGUGGAAUACAACAUGUGAACACUAUUCUGAUAAGAUGAGAAUUUAACUGUAGAUUGAAAGGAUUGGGAAGCAGACUAUAGGAGGGAAAAUAAUGGACCUAUGAAAAAAAGUUUUAGGCAUUAUCUUUGAAGAAAGUUUGAAUGGGAUUUGUGAGGGGAAGAAGAAACUAGAUAGCCUGUGAACAAUGUGGCUUCUUUUUAUUCUUGGGUAAUGUGGUUGGCAGUAGCCAACAAAACCAAUCUUGGGUAGUCUUUCUCUUGAAGAGACUGAAAGGAUUAUCAAAAAAAUACAAUUUCAGUUAUAGAUUUUCAAAACACCAUGUGAGAGAUUAAUUGGCGUGUACAUGACAGGUUGUCUGUAAUAUUAGAGCCUUUAUAUCACUGUCCGCUUAACUAUGUCACAUGUGCAGUUUCCCCCCUGGGCAUUUCUCUGUUGAAUAAUUCUUAAUGCUUUACUGAAUGGAAGUGUUGAUUUGAUGGUCUAGGACUCGGUGUUAGUUAUUGUUUAUUAUUUAUUUGUUUUUAUUCACUCAUUUAUUGAGAGCCUGUUAAAUUGCUUAAAGUGAUCAGUACCUAGGAAAGUGUGGUGAGCAAGAUCGAAAACUAUCUCUGUCUUCACAGGGCUCACAGUCUAAGACAGAUACUUAAACAGUCAUCUCACAAACAAGAGGGAAGCCUGAGUUUGGGAGUACAGCAUUGCCAAAAUCUGAAUUGACUUAAUCUUGAAGAAUUUCAAGUUCCCUGGAGAAAAUUCUGGAGGGAGGGUGGGGCAGGAGAGAUGGCAAGGAAAG